AUAGGACGAAUUCAAAUUAUUACAAAUAUCGAAUGUCCUUUUAGGCCUCAUUUGAUUUUCUUUCACAAUAAAGUUCCAUGUGGACCAACUCAAUACAACCUCGAUGUCAGAUGUGCAGAUUGGAUCAGAUGUUCAGUGAAAAGCAGAGUUUGGAUGUAAAGCCGGUCUGUCUGAAACUGGGCUGGGAUCCACUGUCCUAGACGCCGUUUCCACGGCAACGCCUCAAGUGAGUUUUAAUAUUAUGUAAAAAAAAAAAAAGAUCAUGAAGUCCAACAUUCAACUGGCGCCAAGAACAAACUUAGCAUCCCACAAAACUUGUCCUCAAAAACCCUUUUAUUUUGCAGUCAUGUGAGUUUUGUUGGUUCCACGCCUGGAAAAGAAUCAGUUUCAUAAAAACAAACGAAUCUUUGCUGCUUUCAAGCUUUUUCCAUCAAAUCAAUGCAGACAGUCUGAGAGCCGAGGCUCCAGUGGUUCUCGGGCACAGCUUGAGGUUUCCCAGCUGAGACCGCAGCAGGUGGAGCUCCGUCUGGCGGCCGCCAUUGGUCCUCUGCAGGCCGCCGCCGUCUGUGACGUCUACAGACGACGCUUUAAAUGUAAAGAUUGAGAUAAGCUGUUCUCCGGUCUGCACCAUGCUGUUCCUCGUGCCUCUGGCUCUGCUGCUGGCCGCUGAAGCCCGCUCGGCUGCCUUUCCCUCCCAUGAUAAGAUCGUCGGGGGCUACGAGUGCCGGCCGCACUCCGUCCCCUGGCAGGUGUCGCUCAACAACGGCUGGCACUACUGCGGAGGGACCCUGAUCAACGAGCGCUGGGUGGUCAGCGCCGCGCACUGCUACAAGGGCGAGGACAUCGAGCUGCGUUUGGGUGAACACCACAUCCGCUACAAGGACGGCCCCGAGCAGUUCAUCGCUCCCGCCGCCGUGAUCCGCCACCCGGACUACGACCGCUACACCAUCAACAACGACAUCAUGCUGAUCAAACUGGCCGAGCCGGCCAGGUUUGACGAGCACGUGCAGCCGGUGUCUCUGCCCCGCAGCUGCCCGAAAGCAGGAGCCCAGUGCCUGGUGUCCGGCUGGGGGGCCACCAAGAGCCCCUUCGGGUGUCUGAAAUGCCUCCACUGCCUGGAGCUCCCCGUCCUGCCCCAGCAGGACUGCGAGCGCUCGUACCCGGACAGGAUCACCGCCUCCAUGUUCUGCGCCGGCUUCCUGGAGGGGGGGAAGGACUCCUGCCAGGGAGACUCCGGCGGUCCUCUGGUGUGCGACGGGGAGCUCCAGGGUGUGGUGUCCUGGGGCUGGGGCUGCGCUGAGGAAAACCGACCCGGAGUUUACGCCAAGGUCUGCCACUUCCUGGACUGGAUCCAUGCCACCAUGGCGUCUCACUGAGGAAUAUGUUCAUACAAUAAAAAAAAAAUCACAAUAUCAAUUUAAAAAACAAGUGUUUCUGAUGAUUUAUUUACAGCUGUUUAAGGGAUUUUUAGUAGAUUUGUAAUUAAGUUAAAUUUAAGCUGUACAAGCCUCUGAUGGUUUGUAUUUUUUAGGGUUCAGACAAUG